AUGUCGGCCGACGAGAAGACGCGACAGGCUGAGAUCGAGCAUGCUCGCACCAACGAGUCUGGCAUGUUCGACGAUGGCGGCCCAGAGAAGCCUGUCCCCCGCGUCGACAAGGUUGAUCAGUUUGGUGCCCACGAGAAGACCGAUCCCAAGGAGAUUGCUCUCGUGAAGAAGCUCGACCGCUGGAUCAUGCCCAUGCUCUGGUCUAUGUACUGGCUUAACUAUCUUGAUCGUAACGCCAUCGCUUUGGCGCGUCUCAACGACCUCGAGGAUGACCUCAACCUUUCCGGCACCGAGUACCAGACCUGCGUGUCUAUUCUUUUUGUCGGUUACAUCCUGGGCCAGAUCCCCUCCAACAUGUUCCUCACCCGAACGAGGCCUUCCCGCUACAUGGGUAUCAUGAUGAUGCUCUGGGCCAUCGUUUCUGCCCUCACCGCGCUCUCCCAUAACUACAUUGGUCUUCUCCUGACCCGCUUCUUCCUCGGUCUCACUGAGGCUCCUUACUACCCCGGCGCUGUCUACAUCCUGUCCAUCUUCUACAACCGUAAGGAGGUUGCCACCCGAAUCGCCAUCCUCUACACCGGCAACAUUCUUGCUACUGCUUUUGCUGGUCUCAUCGCCGCCGGUGUUUUCCACGGCAUGGACGGCGCUGGUGGUCUCGCUGGCUGGCAGUGGCUUUUCAUCCUCCAGGGCGCCGUCACCUUUGUCAUUGCCAUCGUUGGCUACUUCGUCCUUCCCGACUUCCCCCUGACCACCAAGUGGCUCACCGAGGAGGAGCGCAACCUUGCGCACAACCGCAUUGAGCUCGACACCGUCUCCAACGAGGGCCAGACUGGUCUCACCAAGGGUCUCAAGGAGGCCUGCCGCGACCCCAUGGUCUGGAUCUUCUGCGCCAUGGCUCACAUGCAUCUCGCUGCCAACGGUUUCAAGAACUUCUUCCCCUCCGUCGUCAAGACCCUCGGAUUCAGCCAGACCAUCACCCUUGUGCUGACUUGCCCUCCCUACCUGAUUGCCGGCGCCGUCACCAUCGCCGUCUCGUGGUCUUCUGGUCGCUUCAACGAGCGCACCUGGCACAUUACCAUCUCCAAGGCCGUCGCCACCAUCGGUUUCGUUGCCGCCGCCGCCGUGAACAGCGUCGGCGGCCGCUACGCCUCCAUGGUCAUCUUCACAAUUGGAACGUACGGUGUCAACUCGCUCAUUCUCGGAUGGUGCGGCAGCACCUGCGGUCAGACCAAGGAGAAGAAGGCCGUCGCCAUCGGCAUGGUCACGACCAUAAUGAACAUCAGCUUCAUCUGGACCCCCUACCUGUGGCCCAAGAGCGACGAGCCCCGCUACCUCAUUGCCAUGAUGAGCAGCGCCGCCUUCAGCAUCGCCACGGCCGCGCUGGCCUGGCUCGCCAAGAUCAUCAUGAAGCGCAGGAACAGGGCUCUACGCGCGAGCGAGAACGAGACGAACGUGUUCUACGUGUACUAG